UUGACUCUUAGAAAGUAUAUGUGUGUAUUAUUGAUGAUUACUUUUAUUUCCCACAUAUAAAAUUAUUUAAGGCUCAAUAUGUUUUUUAAGACUACACAGCCUCCCUCCCUACCUCCGCUUCUUGUUUGCUGCUUUCCCCAGUAAUCUGGGAGUGAACCUUGAGUCCACAGUUUCCAGGUCAGGGUCUGGGAAGUAUGGCUUAUAAUGAAGGAACAGGAAAUCCAAGCCGUUGGUGUUAUGGAGACUGGGAAGGACUGGGGAGUGUUUGCUAGGGGCCUGAGGACUAGUUGGGUAAGAGGGGGCUGACUGCUCCAGUGGCCGCGGUCAUAGUUUCUCUCUUUAGUCUACCCCACCAUCAGAGCAAAAAAGGUGGUUAGGAAGUGGUUGUUACUAGAGGGCAGAGGAAAAGGUUCCAGCCCCAGUGAGGAAGAGGCAGGUGGUGGUGGUGGGGCCCGGCCCUGUGUGAGCUUACAGCCGCCCUUCCUCUCCUCAGUUAUUUUUGGUCUCUGUGACCUGUAGGUUUCCUGUUAGUGGGAACAGAAGUGACAGGAACGAGUUCCCACUAUAGAAAUGAACGCCGGGAGUCCAACUCAUUCCCCUUCUCUCUUCCCUUAGCCUUUGAACUUCUCAGGGAUCCAGGCCUCUAAGACUGCGUGUUAGUGGCUUCAGGCGCUGCGCCAGACACUUCCUUUGAGUCUCAUCUCCUAACCCCUCCCCUAUCCCCAGUAGGGCCUUGCAAUUCCUGGACCCCUCGUUAAAGCAAGACAGUCCUUUCCUCUGCAGAACCAGUUUACCCACCAGUAACCCUUCCGUGUGGCUCUGGGUGCUGAAAUGGGGAGGAGUUGGCCGCCAGGUGAACAGGAGACAGAAGCACCCCGGAAGCUUCCAGGCAGUCCCCGCGUCACGUGGGGCUCUACCUAGUCGGCCUCCUAAGGCCCCUCCUUACGCAUGCGCCCAUUCACUGCCGGGUCCCCAUCUAUGCCUGAAUCCCGCCCUGCCCUUCUGGUUCCGCCCCUGCCCGGGAGCCCCGCAUCCUCAUUGGCGAGCUCUGGACGUGGAUGUUGGCCAGGGUGGCCCGGCGCGGACACCCCAGUGAUAAAAUGGACCAUCCACGAGGAAACUAGCGCGCUCCAGGGGUGUGGCUCAAAUCGCAGUUCCGCCCUCUGGCUCCCAGCCCAACACCGAACCGGGAUCGAUCUGGCGGCGGCUUGAACUAGCUCAGCUGCGAGCUCGCGGAACCACGCCUCCGGGAGACUCUGGCCCGGCCGGCGCGGGCCUGGUCUUCAGUCCUAUAUCGCCCCCGCUUGGGAAAAGGUGCAGGGGCCUCUCGCCGCCUCGUCGGGACCGUCCUCUCUACCUGCCUCUGCAACCCCUCUCGGCCCCGAGCCACCCAGCAGCGGGGGUGGGUGUGCAGAGGUGCAGCGUCCAGAACCCGGCUCCCGCAGAGGCUCGGGGUGGCAGCAGCCCUGUUACGGCUUAGAUGGCGCGCAGGACCGAGCCCCCCGACGGGGGCUGGGGAUGGGUGGUGGUGCUCUCAGCGUUCUUCCAGUCGGCGCUGGUGUUCGGGGUGCUCCGCUCCUUUGGGGUCUUCUUCGUGGAGUUUGUGGCGGCGUUUGGGGAGCAGGCAGCGCGCGUCUCCUGGAUCGCCUCCAUAGGAAUCGCGGUGCAGCAGUUUGGGAGCCCGGUAGGCAGUGCCCUGAGCACGAAGUUCGGGCCCAGGCCCGUAGUGAUGACCGGAGGCAUCUUGGCUGCGCUGGGGAUGCUGCUCGCCUCUUUCGCUACUUCGUUGACCCACCUAUACCUGAGUAUUGGGUUGCUGUCAGGCUCUGGCUGGGCUUUGACCUUUGCUCCGACCCUGGCCUGCCUGUCCUGUUAUUUCUCUCGCCGUCGAUCCCUGGCCACCGGGCUCGCCCUGACAGGCGUGGGCCUCUCCUCCUUCGCAUUUGCCCCCUUUUUCCAGUGGCUCCUCAGCCACUACGCCUGGAGAGGGUCCCUACUGCUGGUGUCUGCCCUCUCCCUCCACCUGGUGGCCUGUGGUGCUCUCCUCCGCCCACCUUCCCUAGCUGAGGACCCUGCUGUGGGUGGUCCCAGGGCCCAACUCACCUCCCUCCUCCAUCAUGGCCCCUUCCUCCGUUACACUGUUGCCCUCACCCUGAUCAACACUGGCUACUUCAUUCCCUACCUCCACCUGGUGGCCCAUCUCCAGGACCUGGAUUGGGAUCCACUACCUGCUGCCUUCCUACUCUCAGUUGCUGCUAUUUCUGACCUCGUGGGGCGCGUGGUCUCUGGAUGGCUGGGAGAUGCAGUCCCAGGGCCUGUGACACGACUCCUGAUGCUCUGGACCACCUUGACUGGGGUGUCACUAGCCCUGUUCCCUGUAGCUCGGGCUCCCACAGCCCUGGUGGCUCUGGCUGUGGCCUACGGCUUCACAUCAGGGGCUCUGGCCCCACUGGCCUUCUCCGUACUACCUGAACUAGUAGGGACUAAAAGGAUUUACUGUGGCCUGGGACUAUUGCAGAUGAUAGAGAGCAUCGGGGGACUGCUGGGGCCUCCUCUGUCAGGCUACCUCCGGGAUGUGACAGGCAACUACACGGCUUCUUUUGUGGUGGCUGGGGCCUUCCUUCUUUCAGGGAGUGGAAUUCUCCUCACCCUGCCCGACUUCUUCUCCUGCUUCUCAACUACUACCUCCAGGCCCCAGGACCUUGUAACAGAAGCACCGGAUAUUAAAGUUUCCCUACCGAAGGAGGGGCUGGAAGAGGACUGAACUUCACAGAGUCAGGCCCGGAAAGCCAGAGCUUGACAGCUCCAGGUCUUCUCUUGCCACGUCUUGGUCUCCACAGAACCACAGUGCCUUAAGAUUCUCGAUCUGCCUCCCCCUAGAGCAGGCCUGGGGCUCCUGCAAUGUGUGUGCCAACCCUUUGUA